AGUCCAUAAACAAUUCGUUGGCCGUUAAUCUCUUAAACCUUAUUGACUCUUACUAAUCUGACGGUCAGUAUUUGCUAACUGCACUUUCCUUAUCCAGAAGAUAACAGCAGACGCGGGUUUUGGCAGUUUCUCGUCCGCGGCGGCCUCUUUGAUCUUGUUGAAAAGGACUAAUAAACUAACACAGAAAAAGGGGCCUCCACUGAAGCUACAGAAUUGGUUGAUUCUGAUGUGCCCUUGGAAGAUGAUAGCAAUGACUGUUUUGGUGUGGAGGAAGUUGAGGCUCCUGUGGUUGUGGAUGAUCACUCAGAGGGGAUUGAGGAUUAUGAGAGUCUUGAGUAUUCUAAGUGCUUAGCUGGUGGGAUUUUAAAGCCUACAUUAGGGAUGGAGUUUACUUCUGAAGAAGAUGCAAGGAAUUAUUAUAAUGCUUAUGCCAAGCAAAAACGUUUUAGUAUUUGCGUGAAUUCUUAUUAUCAUUCUAAGAAAGACAAUUUGAUUAUUUCCACAGAGUUUUGUUGUUCAAAGGAAGGGUUUUGACGGGUGAAACGUGUGAAAUUUUUGGGUACUGUAACUGAUAUGAAGAAGAGGCAUGCUAGGCCUAUUACAAGGGAGGGUUGCAAAGCACAUAUGACUGUGAGGCGGCAAAAUGAUGGGAAGUGUUAUGUGCCAAAAUUAGAGAAGAAUCAUAAUCAUGAGUUGAUAACACCUGCAAUGAGGCAUUUUCUCUGGUCACAUAAGCAGGAGCAUAAUCAAAAUAAUAGUCCAAGUAGCUCUUUUAGUUUCUCUGGAUUGGGUUUGACAGCUUCUAUGAAUGUCUUGACCAAAGAUUGUAACGAUUUUGGAAAAAUGGGAUUUGCUGCUCAAUCUAGUGUUAAUUACAUUGGAAGAGGACGCCUAAGCACUUUUGGAAUAGAUGCCCAAGGUCUUCUUGGCUUUUUUAAGGUAAUGCAAUCCAAAGAUCCUGCAUUUUAUAAUGCGAUACAAGUUGAUGAAGAAUUGCAUAUAAUUGUUUCUCUGACGUUGUAGCCUUUGAUACUGCUUAUCAAGUGAAUCAGUAUAAAAUGCCAUUUGCACCUUUUACUGGGGUAAAUCAUCACAAACAGUUAGUGUUUUUGGGUUUGCAUUGCUUGCUGAUGAGACUGAAUCUACUUUCAUUUGGCUUUUCACAAGUUGGCUUGAGGCAAUGUAUGGCGGCAACCUGGGUUAAUCAUUACUGAUUAUCAUUCUGCAAUCACUAGAGCAGUACAAAGGGUUUUUCCACGGUCUAAACAUCGAUAUUGCAAGUGGCACAUCAUAAAAAAAUGCCAAAGGAAAUGGGGCAAGUGUACAGUGCCCUUCCAAAGACCUUCCAGUUGGAAUUUGAUAAGUACAUUAACAAUACUGAGACGUCUGAAGAGUUUGAAUCUGCCUGGCAAUUGCUUCUUGAUAAGUAUAACCUACGAGGAAAUGAAUGGCUUCAAUCACUUUAUAUUGAUCGCCAAUUGUGGGUCUCAACCUAUUUAAGAGACACAUUCUUUGCCGGUAUGCAUUAUGCUUGGCAAAGUGGAAGUGUGAACUCACCUUUUGAAGGUUUUGUUAAUGCAAGGACUACACUACAGGAUUUUGCAGAGCAAUAUGAGAAGGCUUUGGAUGAUUGCUAUGAGAAAGAACCGAGGGCAGAGUUUGAAACUUUUUACACAAAACCAGUAUUAAAGACUCCGCUUCCUAUGGAAAAACAAGCAGCUGAAGUUUACAUGAGAAAAUUUUUCUCAAUAUUUCAGGAUGAAAUUUUUGAAUCUCUUGCACUUGCUGUGAAACUUAGUGAGAGCAACGAAGCAACCAGCACAUACGAGAUAGCAAGAUUCAAUGAUGAAGAGAAACUGCAGUUCGUGGCUUUGAAUUUAUCUGAACAAAUAGCUAGUUGUAGAUGCAAGAUGCUUGAGUUUGAAGGAAUCCUCUGCAGACGUGAUUGCAGUGUUCAAGACAGCAAAUAUUUUUAUGCUACCGCGACAUUAUAUUUUGAAGCGAUGGACAAAAAAUGCCAAGGAUGCAGCUGUAUCGGUUGUGCUACCCUCUCUUGAGCUGCGAAGUAAUUCUCAAAAGGGGAAGAAUUCUUAUUAUGAUAUUUUGCACCAGGAAGCCGUUAAAUGUGCUGAGGAAGGUAUGGUGUCUGACCAUAGUUUUAAGGUUGCUUUGAUUGCUUUAAGAGAAGCUAGGGUUAAAAUUCUUGAAGCAAAGAAAAAUGCCACAAAUGCCCCAAAACUUGAAACCAUGGCCAGCACUAGCUAUCAGGAAAUUGUUAGUGAGGUAGAUAGUUCAUCAAUACUGCUAGACUCCAGCUGAUCACCCAAAAACCAAAGUAGGAGAAUCCUGUACAGAAGGUAUUUCUCUAAAUAUGCAUUGGAGCAGUGCUCAAGUUGAAUUAUGUGUGCUCAUUGUAAGUGCCCCAUCUGGAAAUGAUAAUCCUUCAUGCUUAUGAUCAAAGCAUGCAUUCCAGAAGACUUCAUAUAUGAGCUUAGUUUAUUCAUCUUCGGAUGAGCAUUGCUGAUCUUCAGUGAGUAUUCUUUGUAGGACAAGGAAAUUCAUAAAAUUUUCCUAAGAUUGGUCCAUGUGGGAUCACGGACGACAUCUUACCAAAUUGAAAAUUUUUUUUCCAUUCUUGUCGAGCAUGGUGAGGUUCCUUGUAUGAAGGUGUGAUCAUGGUUUUGAAAACCAGACCAGACUGUCUAACAGGCCGGUCGAUCGGUCAAACCAGCUCAACCAUGACCUGUAAGCUAGUGUUCAAUACGGUUAACUGUGCUGGUUUGCUGUAUAACCAUCAAGGUCACGGUAGGAUUUGUACAGAUUUUGUUAGUGAAGGAAACACACUGUGAUUUGAGAUAUAACAUCAACUGAAUCCAUUUAAACCAUCAGAUCGAAUUGAUUAGGGGUUGAAUUAGGUUAAUCACUCUGAGUUGCAAUUCAAUCACUGUGUAAACUUUGUAAUUUUUUUGGAUUUCAACUAAGUUGAUCUAGUAAUGAAUAUGCAUUAUAUAUA